UUCAACCAAUUCCUCCUUCUCCUCCGCUUCUGUAAACUGUAAUUCUCUCUCUUUCUCUCUCUCUCUCUCUCUUCCUUUCUUGCUCUCAUGGCUGCCAAGGUGCAGCCACGUCUUCAUCUUCUUCAUUCAUUACUGUUCAUUAUUCACUUUCUCUAUCUUCUUCCACUUUCUAUUUCUUCUGGGCUGAAUUCUCCUCAAAACAUUGAAACAUUCUUCCCAUCACGUACCUCCCCUGUAAUUCCAAAACCCAGUAUUCCUAAUCCACCCUCAAACUCAGGUAUAUCGUCUUCAAGUUCCACUUCUUAUAAAACCAUCGCUGCAGCCGUCGGAAUUACUGCUGCAAGUACCCUAGUUAUUGCAGGUAUAUUCUUCUUUUUCAUCCAAAAGUAUACCCAUGCACGCCAUGGCCCCAGGCUUGCUAAGAAGACUAGUAUUAAUAGGGUUAUUCAUCGGGAACAGGCCAUGUUACCUCGCAAUGAGUUCAACAGUAUAGAUGGGAAUCUCAAGGGGUUGAUUGUUGAUGACAAUGGAUUGGAUGUUCUCUAUUGGAGGAAGCUUGAGGGUCGGCUCUCAAAUAAUAGACUCUCUAAGGACGUGGUAUAUGAGCACGACAGAGAAGGGGAAGACGAUGACGAAGAAGAGGUGGGUUAUCAUGGAGAUCGAAACAGGAAAUCUGGGCCAAUUCAAGAUACCCCUUUGCUUGGUAGGAAGUCUUUCAAAUCCUGCAGUGGAAAAUUUACCCCGGAAGCGUCUAAUUCGGUGGUGCUAACACCUUCAGCGGCAGCACCGCCACCGCCACCACCUCCACCUCCUCCGGCAAAUAAAAAUCCGCCACCACCUCCACCUCCCCCGGCAAAGAAAAAUCCCCCACCGCCUCCACCACCUCACUCAAGAGCUCCUUCAACUUCGUCGAAACCUGCACCAAAUUCGAAGGAUACCAUGGCGGUGGCGGUAGAGUCUUCAUCGGGAGAGAAGCGCACCAGCCAGACCAGCCAGACCAAGCUGAAGCCUUUGCACUGGGAUAAGUUGUCUCCCGAAAUGGAUCAUUCCAUGGUGUGGGACAAUAUAAACAACGGUUCAUUCAGGUUCGACGGAGAUCUCAUGGAAGCGUUGUUUGGUUAUGUUGCAACCAAUCGGAAACCCACUGGAAGAAACAGGGACUUAUCGGACAACUCUUCCGGCUCCCCUGCUCAGGUCUUCAUCUUGGAUCCCCGCAAAUCUCAAAAUAUAGCGAUAGUCCUUAAAUCUCUUGCCAUAUCUCGUCGAGAGAUUCACGAUGUCCUCCUCGAGGGUGGUGACCUUGAUAUUGAAUUCCUCGAAAAACUUUCUAAAAUCGCUCCGACCGAUGAAGAAGAAACCAAGAUUCUUGAAUUCAGUGGCGAUCCAACAAAACUUGCAGAUGCUGAAUCAUUUCUCUACCAAAUCCUUAAAAGCAUCCCCUCUGCUUUCGCCCGUCUAGAUGCCCUGCUCUUCAGGUCGAACUACGACCACGAAAUCUUACAAUUCAAAGAAUCUAUACAGACCCUUGAAUCAGCUUGCAAGGAGCUCAGAACUCGUGGGCUCUUUAUGAAACUUCUUGAAGCGAUCCUCAAGGCAGGUAAUCGUAUGAACGCAGGAACUGCCAGAGGCGAUGCACAAGCAUUCAAUCUCACAGCACUGAGAAAGCUCUCCGAUGUCAAAAGCAGCGAUGGAAAGAUUUCGCUUCUACACUUUGUAGUGGAAGAGGUCGUCCGGGCCGAAGGGAAACGGUGUCUGAUCAAUCGCAACCACAGCUUUAAUCGAAGUAACAGCCGAAGCAGCAUUAGCAGUGCUGACAGUGGGGGCAGCUCCCAGGGUGCCGCAGCGAAAGAAGAAAGAGAGAAGGAAUAUAUAAAGCUUGGGUUACCCGUGGUCGGAGGACUCAGUGUUGAGUUCUCAAACGUGAAGAAAGCAGCCAGAAUAGACUACAAUGCCUUCGCUAAGGUAUGCCCAGCUAUCAAAGCUCGCGUGGUUGAGAUCUUGGGACGGUUCAACAUGGGUGAUCGAGGUGGGUUCAUGAGAGAGAUGAAAGGAUUCUUAGAGGCUGCGGAAGAAGAGCUCAAGGUUGUGGAAGGGGAGCAAAAAAGGGUGAUGGAGCUUGUGAUGAGAACAACACGAUUUUACCAAUCAGGAGCUUCCAAGCCUGAAGGGGUUGUUCCUCCACUGGAGAUAUUUGAGAUAAUUAAAGACUUCUUGGAUAUGGUGGACCGAGCGUGCAUCGACAUCACUCGGAAUUCGCAGAAGAAGAAGGUGGCAAAUGCUGGAUCAUCUUCACCGGCGAAAAGAGUUCCAGUGAGUUUUGCAAACUUGCCAUCGCAUUUCUUUUCGGACAAAUCAAGCUCAGGGAGUGAGUCAGAUGGUGAUGGCUCCUAAGGAAACCCUUGGGGAGAUUUGAUCAGUGUACAGUGUACAUAUACAUACACGACAGGUAAAAAAAUGUAGGACAAUAAAUUUGAAAGGUUUUGAUUGAUUUUUUUCCUUUUUCCCCUAAGAUUCAUUUGAAGUCUCCUUGGAUCCAUUCUUUACUACUGUUGCUGGCUUGCUGCCUUAUUUCAUGAGCUGCUGGAAUGUGUGAGACUGUGAAGUCUAGUGUGAUUGAUCUUCUUGCGGUAUAAAGUAGUUUUGUAUCAAUUUCCCCUUUUCCCCACCAUUCCAAUGAUGGGAUUGAUAGGGUACCCUACUAAGUCAUAUGUCAAUUUGGAGAUUCAAUUUAAUGCA